UAAUGUCAAAGUUUUAGAAAAAGUUAAAUCAUAAGUUUCGCAAUUUUAUAAAAAAUAAUUUAUUUGUCCAAGUUGUGUUAUUUAUAUUAAUAGUAUAUUUCCUCAAAAGAUGUGACACGCGAUUCUCGACGUACAUGUAGUUUCUAUUAAAGUAUUGGUAAUUAUAUCCUCACAUGAGUUUUAUAUCUCGAUAGCUGAGAUUUGAGGAUUAUUUUGUGUACGUUAUGGUGGAGAGAAGAGUGGAUGUCGCGCGCAACAAGAGAGAAAGAGAGAGAGAGAGAGAGAGAGAGAGCCAGCUAUUUUACCCCACCAUAUCUCGAGAAUAUUGAGAAUCACGUGAUCAACCAGGAGAACCCGCGUUGUCCGCCGAAAAUCUAAAUCCGUCCCAGCCGGGGAAGAAGAGAAGAGACACCCGUCUCUCGGCCCGUGUAACGCGAAAGCCGCGCCGAGUAUAGUCCAUAAUCGCUCGUGAUUCGGGCUAGAUCGCGAUCCCAAAAGAAGCCAAGCGCGAGUGCGAGAUCCGCGCCCAAAAAAUUUCCUUCGCGACCCACACUCGCGGGGGAGAUCACCCGCGUCUUUCUUUUCGGCUCCCCGGGAAGGCAGCGGCGACGAUUCGUCGCGAAGUCGCUCUUGACGAAUAUGAUCCGCGUGGACGAGUCGGAUCCAGUGGGAGAGAUCGAGCCCAGCUUCCCCUAUCGAGAUGUGACGAUACGUCGAGGAGUCGAGUUCAAGGACGAUUAUGACAUCCAGGCGGAGCUCGGGCGGGGAAAAUUCGGCAUUGUCUAUCGAUGCAAGGAAAAAUUGAGCGGCUUGAUGCUCGCUGCGAAGGUGGUGAACAUCAUGAAGAAGGAGGACAGACGGACGGUGCAAAGAGAAGUCGAAACUAUGCGGCGCCUACAGCAUCCACGAUUGAUUCAACUGUACGACGCCAUUGAUACGGGGAAACAGAUAUAUGUUGUUUUAGAAUUGAUCGACGGCGGCGAGCUCUUUGAAAGAGUGAUAGACGAUGAUUUCGUACUCACGGAAUGCAGCUGCGCCGUUUUUAUGCGUCAAAUAUGCGAGGGAAUUGAAUUUAUGCAUAGUCAGAAAAUCUUGCAUCUUGAUUUAAAACCUGAGAAUAUCCUGUGCCUGACGAAGGAAGGUAAUAGAAUUAAAAUCAUAGAUUUCGGUUUAGCGAGGGAAUACGAUCCGAAUAAGAAAUUGCAAGUGUUAUUCGGUACACCUGAGUUCGUUGCUCCGGAAGUCGUAAAUUUCGAUCAGAUUGGAUUCGGCACCGACAUAUGGAGUAUAGGUGUUAUUUGUUACGUCUUGUUGUCCGGUUUAUCACCGUUUAUGGGCGAUACGGAUAUAGAAACAAUGGCCAACGUCACUAUCGCGAAAUAUGACUUUGAUCAUGAAGCCUUUGCCGAGAUUUCCGAGGACGCGAAAGAUUUCAUUAGGUGUCUUCUGGUGAAAGACAAGGAAAAGCGAAUGACGGCGGCACAAUGUCGGGAGCAUCGCUGGCUGGCCAGAAAAAUGAAUAAAACCAGGAGCGAGAAGGAAGUCGCGGAAUUGACGGCGGCUAAACGGAUGGCCUUUAUUGAAAGUCCUAUUGUAGGUAUCAUCCGUGACGAGAACGGCAGAGAGGAGCUAGACGUGACCAAGGACAAUCUCAGAUUGUUCGUCGAGCGCUGGCGAGAACAUCCGGAUAGCCCGUACACGAUCGAUUCUUAUCACUCGGCGUUACCGAAAAAUCCGCAAUCUUGUGAUCACGAUGAAUCAGUGUCCCUGCGAGGUCACAGUCCCUCUCCCUGCGACAGUCUUCGCAGCAGUAGCACGCAAUCGGAAAAGGUGGUGGACUCCAUCAGAGAUAAUUAUUCCACUCGUCUGUUGUCCGUACCGAGUAUCAGCUUGUCUUUGGAAAGAAGAGCUUCCGAAGGUACAGCGGCGCGAAACCGUCGCGAUCCUGCCAGCCAAAUCGCCCUGGCCGAGGAAAUAAUAAAACUUUCCGAACACUUGCGUUCGAUCGCCAUGGGUUCGCGCGGGAACGAGGAUGAUAACGGACACGUAAUGGAAGUACAGCGUUCCAUCAAGAGGCCCCAUGUCGGAAAUAAUCGUGAUACGUACUCGAAGAGCAAUGUAACGGUAACCAUGUCUAGCAACGAUAAAGAGACCAACGAGAUCACGGAGAAAUUAUCCAGCAUCGCUCGACAACGAAAGCUCAACGGGACGACCUUUCACAGUAGCCGUAGCUUCGAUAGACACGACAUCGACACAAAUCCUGAAAAUAUCUUUGUAGCUCUGAGGAGAACGAGUAUCAGCGAUAGUGAGAUGUCUGAGAGACGCAAGCAAGAUCGAAAGUAUUCUUUCGAGCGAAUGACUACCAAAGCGGUCGAGGAAAAGUUCAAUGGGAAAACGAUUGACAGGAAAAUGUCCUUCCAAACAUCUUCCGUCAAUAAGGAUGAUAAGGAAAUGGACUUGACACCUCCAUGGCGACGAUCACGUGUUAAGAAAUCUUUCGGCGAGACUAGUAGGGAUGUGCCAAGGAUAUCGAAUUUGCGGGACUUGCAUAAGAAUCUCAACCUCGACGAGCCUGGGAGCGCCAAAGACCUGCUGUUACAUCUGUUGGGCGAAUGGGAGGAUGUCACCGCGAUAUCCUGCGGUAGUGGCGGCGCCGGCAGGAAAUCUGUGAGCCUGGAUUGGUGCACGGCCGACACGAUCGCUAGGAAGACAAUGAAUUCGUUGGCCGAGUACUUUCAGUCGAAACAGCAGAAAACCAAGUCUUCCGAUGUCGCGUCGUCUACGUCGUCGUCGAUAUAUCGUUGAGCGUUGUACCUGUUAUGAGUUUCGCGUUAUAGAUAUUGCACAAUUUUCUUUUCUCUUUGAUCGUAAACAUUGUUUCGGAGCUGCUGAAAUAAUUUGAUACUCGAGAUGAAAUAUAUAUAAUAUAUGUAUAUGAUACCUGGGACAGCAAUAAUAUAACUGAAAGUGAAGUAAAUCUUAAAGAAUUGCAAAAUUCGAUAAGGAAUAAUUUUCUGAAAUUCGGAAUUACUUUACAAUUGAUAAAUUUUUUUUUGUAUGUUCUUCUACUUCUAUUUAUCUUAUAUUUAAACAACAAUUGCAGAGAUUUACAUAAGUAAAUUUUAUAUUGCAAUUAGAUAAAGAUAUCGAGAAAUUUUAUAAAUAAUUUAUAAAGUUUAAAUUUAAAAACAAUUUAUAAAUAUUUAAAAAAAUUAGAUGUUUAAUUUUAUACAAAAAUCUCUUCUUUUUAACUCAUUGUGAGAUUCAUUUAUCUUUUACAAAUACCAAAUAAUAAGUUUGGCAAACAAGUAUAUUUUGGUAAUUUUUGUUUAAAUAAAUAAGUUUUUAAGACUCUUUGUGUGAGUACGUUUGUAUAUAUGUGUAUGUAGGUGCGUGCAUGUGUCUCACUGACAUAUUGAAUUGAAUUAUGUCUGACGCAAAGAAUCAAACACGAGGUGAAAUAUGAGAAAAUUAACUUAUUUUAAUGUAUUUCGUAAGAACAAAAUUUGCAUAGUCUUUUGCUUCUGAUGUCAUAAUUCAAUACGGCUGCAAUGAGUAAACGGGAGCUUUAGAAGAAACACAAAGAGAGAGAUAAAUGUUUUUUAAAGAAAAAUAUAUAUAAUGAUGUGUGUGUGCGAAUAAUAUAAAGCAGGGAAACUUUUGAACACACGCCCUGCUUAAUCCUAAGUUUAUCUAUCAUAAUUUAAAUCUAUUGGGUUCGCAUUUAUUUCUCGUAAAUUUGUUUACGCGAUCGAUAAAUGAGAUAAAUUCUUGUAAUUUUGUGAUAUUUUAUGUGUUAUGAAACUUUAAUAUGCGUAUAAAACAUUAUGAAAAACAUGGAUAAGAUUAUCUUUUUUAUUAAAUGUUCGAGUACGCUUUUAGAAACAAAUACGACCUUAAUGGAUUCAUGUGUCAAACGGAGAGUUAAAUAUGACUAAUAGAGAUAAAUCUUGAUAUAUGAAUGUGCUAUUGAAUUGGAAAGCUUAUAUAAAUCGUUAAUAAAAUCUAUACGAUUAUAAU